ACCCACGAAUCUAUACUUGACAAAUUGACUUACACGCACGGAUCCAAUCCAAUUCAUUCACUCUAAACUUUCAACUUUUACUGUCCCGUAAAAUCUAGGAAAAUUGUACUUUACUUUCUCGCUCUCCUCUUCACUUCUGUUCGUGUUCCUAGACCAACCGAACACUGUUUCAGUUUCUCUGUUCUUCCUCCGUGGAGCGCGUGAUAAUCACGCGCCUCCGCCCUCUCAUCUAUUCCCUCUCCGAUCAGGUGAAAUGGCAGGUACUUCAAAUGGAAGACAUGGCAAAAAUCCUGUCUUUCCUAAAACCGAGGACGACGAUUUUGAUUAUGACUUGUCACCUUAUGAUACUCUUUCAAAGGGUUUUGGGAAUCACCAAGAAACUGCUGCAAGUUCGUCUGGAAGCAAACUAAGGUCAUUCUUUAUUGGAAUGGGAUUCUUGCCAGGUCUUGUCGAUAAAGUGAUAGAAGAGAAUGGUGAAGAAAAUUCCGACGCGUUAUUAGAGAUUCUCUUGAGAUGUUCGACAAAUGGUGACUCAUCAGAUUCUUUGGAAGGCUCUCUUAAUACAAGAGAGCGUAGAAGUAUCCCAAAUAUCUUUCCCAAUGCUCACUCAAAAGAGGCUCUUCAAAAAUCAAAUUCAGAGUCCUCUGAUUCUCUCGAAAGAUUAUUCGAUGACAAUGAUUCUCCAGAAGUGUCCACGGUCAAUCGACCCAAAGAGGAGCCUGAUGAAUUUAAUGAAGCUUUUGAAGAUAAAAGAGGUACCUUACUGAUGAUGAAUUUCUCUGUGGAGGAAGUUGAAUUUGCAAUCCGUAAACUUGGCAAUAAAGCGUCAGUUCCUGAGCUGGUGGACUUCAUCUUUGCUGCCCAAAUUGCUAAAAAAAUGAAAAAGGAGGAAGCAGAUGAGGAUGAAAUAACCUGUUAUGUUCGAGAAAAGGAGAUUAGCAAUGAUAAACUCUUCGGAAUUAUGGAAAAAACUCUUCUGUUGUUUGAAAUGGGUUUCUCCGAGAACGAAAUAUCCUCAGCUGUUGAUAAAUUAGGUCCAGAUGUUCCUAUAUCAGAGCUCGCAAACUUUAUUUUUGCAGAACAAAAUGGGGUUGAAUAUGUGAUGCCAUAUAAGUAUCGUCCUGCUUAUUCUUGGAUCAAAGAAGAAAUCAAAGAAGAAGAACAAAGCGAUUGGUACGGUACAGCAGAAAUGAAAGUUGAGGAUUUUAGCCAUGAACCUUCGCAGUCAAGGCAGGUCAACUUAGAGGGAACUGGCACUGGCACUGGCACUGGCGAAAGGGUAAAGGAAGAAGAUUACAUUGAUGAAUUUCCUGAUGACGUAAAAUAUUCCGACUUAAUGGAAAAUGAUAGAAAUAAGAGGCCAAAGUAUGAGUAUGAUGAUAAUUCAAACUCUAGUCUUGUUCCUUAUUGGAUGGAAGAAAAGGUUGAUACAGUUGUUGCCACAAUGUCGAGACGUAACCAAAAUCCAUCUAGGCGUCUAAGUGAUGUGGCAGCAAAGCCUCCAUUUUUCUUGUUUGGAAAUGUUUCAAACAUAGCAUAUGAGUCAUGGAAAAAAAUGAGUCAGUUUCUUUAUGGUAUUGAACCUGAAUUUGUGAAUACCGAGUUCUUUUCGGCCAUGAAUAGAAUAGAAGGUUAUAUACACAAUCUUCCAACAGAAAACAGGUUCCACAUUCUUCCAAAGCCACCUCUGACUAUCGAGGAUGCAAUACCGCGGUCAAAGAAAUGGUGGCCACCUUGGGAUUCAAGGAAGCAGUUGAACUGUAACUACUGUGAAACUGGUGGAAUAAAUCAACUUUGUGAUAGACUAGGAAGGGUUCUCACUGAUUCUGGAGGAGUACUCACAUCUCAACAGCAGAAAGACAUACUUCGGUAUUGUCGCGGUUUGAAUCUUGUGUGGACUGGUAAAUACAAACUGGGUCCAAUAGAACCUGAACACUUGGAGCGUAUCUUAGGCUACCCUUUAAAUCACACUCAAUCUGCUGAAUGUGAUUUGACAGAAAGACUUCAAUUGCUAAAAUAUUGCUUCCAGACUGAUACAUUAGGUUAUCAUCUUUCGGUGUUGAAGCCAAUUUUUCCCGAUGGAUUGACACUGUUGUCGAUUUUUAGUGGAAUUGGUGGGGCAGAAGUUUCCCUUCACCGCCUUGGUAUUAAAAUAAAAGGUCUUGUCUCAGUUGAGACUUCGGCUACUAAGAGGAAGAUUCUCGAGAAGUGGUGGCGAAGUUCUGGACAAACCGGGACUUUGGUUCAGAUUGAAGACAUUCAAAAGCUGACUAGUAAAAAGUUUGAGAAUCUACUCAGUAAACUUGGUGUUUUCGACCUGGUCAUUUAUCAGAAUCCAUGCUCUCAGCCGAUUACCAGGCCUCAGGGAGUUGGAAGUCUCUCUGCUAUAGAAUUUUCAGUGUUUUGUGAAUCUGUUCGUGUUUUGCAACGCGUAAGAGCUCUAUGCGAAAGGAGGUGAAGCAAGUAACUCAUGUCUUAUUGAAGUAAAUUAUGUAGGUCGUUGCUUUUGGUUGCUGUAAAAUAUGCGACUGCACAUGAAAUUUUCAGUGCAGGGAAUUUGUAAGCGUCAUCUUUUUAAUUGUAAAAUAAAAAUUGUUCCCAUCUGUAGGUGUUAUUAUUAUUGACUGUAGGUGUUAUUAACUGCAUUGUUAGAGAGACAUUGACUGGGGCUUCCAUAUCCUGUUUUCGUCGUA